GAUGAUUUGCCGGGUCAGGCUCUGUUGGAUGUUGUCUUUGCUCGACUGAAUUUAAUUGAAACAUCGUUCUUUGGUAUUCGUUACAUCGAUGAAGAAAAUCAAACGCAUUGGCUGGAUCCAGCCUCACGCAUUUCCCGCCAAUUAAAACCCAAAGCAGAUCCAUACGAUUUAUAUUUUGGUGUUAAAUUCUACGCCGCCGAUCCCUGUAAAUUAGUGGAGGAAAUUACAAGAUAUCAAUUGUUUCUACAAGUCAAACAGGAUGUCCUACAAGGAAGGCUACCAGUUGCCUUUGAAUUGGCUGCCGAAUUGGGUGCAUUUGUUGUGCAGUCUGAACUGGGUGAUUAUGACCAAAGACGCCAUUCCAAAGGUUAUGUAUCCGAAUUUCGUUUACUACCCAAUCAAAGUAGUGAAUUGGAAAAUCGGGUUGCGGAACUACAUCAGCAGCUGAAGGGUAUGUCACCGGCCGCUGCUGAACUGAAUUAUUUAGAUAAAGUCAAAUGGCAUGAUAUGUAUGGGGUGGAUCUGCAUCCAGUUUUGGGUGAAGAUAGUGUGGAAUAUUAUCUUGGUCUAACGCCGAGCGGUAUUGUGGUGCUGCGCAACAAAACAACCGUGGCUCAUUAUUAUUGGCCACGCAUAGCUAAAGUCUAUUACAAAGGACGCUAUUUUAUGCUAAGGAUAAGUGAUAAAAAUAACGAGCUGAGCACUUAUGGUUUUGAAACACCUCGCAAAUCGGCCUGCAAACAUCUAUGGCGCUGCUGUGUCGAACAUCAUGCAUUUUUUCGUUUGAUGCGUGUUCCGCCAUCAUUACCAAAUUCACCGACAAAUACUUCAGAUAUUUUUCAAUUGGGCUCGAGACUGAAAUGCAGCAAAGAUAAAUCCUCCAAAGAAGCGCUGUUUAUUAACCGGACACCGCCAACAUUUGUGCGUGUCCCCUCCAAACGCCAGCCACGACGCAUAACGGAUGACUUUUUAAGCGGCGGAAAGAAACCCGAAUUUGGUAGUUCAGCAUUUUUAAAUGCCAAAAAUGCAAGCACCUACGAAAGCCCCUAUCGAUCCACAUACAGUAUACCAACUAGUCUGGGCAUUAAUCCCUAUCACCAUCAGCCAUCAUCAUCAGCACAGCAUACAAUGCCGCAUAGUCAAAGUAAUUACAAUAACAAUGGUGGCAACAACAACAACAAUUCCAUGCAAGCACCUGAUUCUCCGCGUAGUACUCGUAGUGCACCCUGGCCAAGGACUCAACAGCGUUCGUUAUUUGGCAACAAGCCAUCAAGUCCACGUUCGGUGAGAUCGGCCAGCAUCACAGGUGGUGGUGGAGGAGGAGGUGGUGGCGGAAGUCUCGGCCACAACGGUAGUAGUCACCAUCAUCAUCAACAUUCACAUCAUACGCAUUCACGUUCAUCGCAACGUGAUCACGUAUCCUCGACAGCAUCGACAACGCAUAAUCAUCAACAGCAGCAGCAACAGCGAUAUCGAUCUAGUUCAGUGGAGAGUCAUUCCUCAAAUGAUUCACGUUCAACGCGAAGACACAAACAUCGUCACCGCCGAACAUCCGACAACGAAAGUGAAUUAUCACGUGGUUCUGGCCGUUCCGGACGUUCACAUCAUCGUAAACAUCGACGGUCACGUCAUCGACGUGACUCAGGCGGUUCCGAUCAUGAAAGUACCCGGGGUCGUAGUUAUUCCGGCCACCGAUCAUCAACAGCACGUAGUGCUAGUGCUAUUGGUUCACAUUCCGAGCUAGUCGAUUCGAGUACACAAUGGCGUGAAGCUCAACGGCGUCAGCAAGAAGCUAGUCUAGGCCAAAGUUCGGUGCAACAGGCAUCUGUGUCCAAGAGCAGUAUGGUUGCUCGCAGUCUACACAGCAAUGACUCACAUUCGGAUACACAUUCACAUCACAAGUCGAGGAGGCACAAAAAGAAUAAAUCCCCCUCCGAUUCGCGGAAUCGCAUAUGGAACAGUGAAUUGGCCAAACAUUUACAAUUUGAUUUAGUCGAUACAGCUGGCAUGACUGAAGAUCAGUUACGCGAAAUCCCCUACACCGUGGUGGAGACAACCUCGAAACGUUCCAAUUCCAAUAUACGCAUACACAAGAGUAAUAGCAAGAAUAGUGUGGGAGGUAAAAGUACCGGUUCGGGUAAUACCAUUACAAAUGGUAGUGGUGGUGGUGGUUCGAUAAGUGGCCAUGGUAAAAAUCGUGUCGAUCGCAUAAGAGGCUUAUGUUACCAAAAUUCUAAUCCCAAUGAUAGUAAUGGUGCCAAAAAUGGUUCAAUACGUUCCGCCAGUACAAUAUCGUCAAGGGAAUGUGAUCGUAAUAGCGGUUUAGUGAGAAUGAUGUCCAGCAUGAGUAUGGGUGAUUUCAUAUCACCGACUGGUUCUAAUCUCAGUCCCAUGGAGAAUUCAGCAUUACGUGUAUCACACGAACAUACCGAUUCUGGGUUGGGAGCCGAUCAGGAUUAUGCUUAUUCAUCUGAAAGAUCAAGUGAUAGUACACGGUAUGGUACUAACAAGUCCUCUGGGGCCUCUAGCGGUAGCCAUCGUAAAUCCUCUAUUAAUGGAGGUGGUAAUUCCCAAGCUUACAAUAGCCUUAUGCAACAGACUGUGAGUAAUCAAAAACAUCAUCAUCAGCAACAACAACAACAGCAGCAGCAACAACAACAUCGACAAAACUCAUUUUAUGGCAAUAGACGCCAUGACCAAACGCCAAACCAAACCAAGCCAAAUUACAGCAAAUACCCCAGCACUAACCAACAACAACAGCAGCAUCAGUCACCUUUGUUUCAUACCUCUCUCUCUCUCUCAAACAUACAACACACAAAAACCAAACUCUCAACUAACUAACCAAUGAACCAUCCCGAAACGCACAAUUUCCCAAACUGCAUCCUGCAGCCCACAAACCAGACGACUGCAUCAUCCAAACAACAGCGCGCCGAUAAAGAAGGUGGUGGGGCAACUGGUGGCGGCGGUGGCGGCAUUGAGAAAUCAAUGCCCAGCCAUCGUCUACUGAAUUAUACCACAUUUGAGAACAAUCAAUAUAAAUUCAGUCUGAACAAUGCCGCAACAGCAACACGGCCUCUGGCUGGGGGCAGUAACGGUAGUAUUAGUGCCAAUAGUAGUAACAGUGGUAUUGCAAGUCUCGGUGGUGGUGGUGGCGGUGGUUCCCUUACUAAUACUCCCCAUCAUGUUGAUCAUUUUGUAGAAUGGCCAAAUACACCGGCUGCCCCCUAUUACUAUCAGGGACCCUCUUCCGUGGCCGUGCAUGCCAAGAAACGUGAUGCCAAAUCGGAUUUGGGGGUACCCACACGACGUCUGUCCGGUCAAGCCAUUACCAAGACUCAACUCUUGACGGGUGGCAAUAAUUAUCCGCCGCUCGGCAGUAUAGGUUAUCCGCUGAUAAGUGCUCAAUAUCCGGGCAUUGGUUUCAAUUCACGUUUACAUCCGGCCAAAUCGGAUCUAUUUUUGGCCUAUCCAACAUCGGCGGCGGCCCACAAUGAAUAUGAGCCACCAUUUAUUUAUAAUUAUAAAAUGCCGCACAUGCCGGAAUUUGUUAGGAAUACCAACAACAGCAAUAAUAAGCUACCACCAAACCAAUCUUCGUCGUCCUCAUCAUCCCAGCAGCAGCAACAACAACAAUCGUCAAAUAAUCAACCAACAGCCUAUCACAUUUCUGGAGCCCAAACAGCUGAUCCAUUACCUCCGAAUUGUUACAAAUCGAAUGGCAGUAAUAAUCCCAGUGGUGGUGGCAAUCUAUAUGCUGGAGCUGCCCCAGCCACCGAUGUCAUGUAUUAUCAAUUCGAUAAUAGUUGUGUAGCGGGAAAUUCAUUAUCAGGAAAAGCAAAUCAAGCUAUUGUUCAACAACCAAAAGCAUUGAUGACUCAUGGCAAGGCUGUGUCGGGUAUGGCUGGUGGAAAUUCGACCGGAUCACCAGCUCAUAAUUUAGUUGGACCUUUAGUGUUCUUGCAACAUCCUUCAACGCAACAGCAACAACAAAGUAAUAAUGCGGGAUCUUCACAAAAUAACGUCAUGCCACAGACUUCUACCACCAACAACACCUCCACCAUUACCAACACCACCAUAACCACCUGUAUCACCACCACCUCAACCAAUACAAUUGGCAAUGAUAGGCUUCAGGCAAACGGAACAAACAAUUCAUCGGCAUCGCAUUCAAUGUCGACAACCUGUAGUGAAGAUGAUUUGGAGGAGAUAGACGAGGAACCCAGUCACACCGAAGAAGACGAUGAUGAUGAUGGUGGCGAGCAUAAUCCAUGCGGCAGACAAGAGGGCCAGCAUAGCGACAGUAAUAAUCGUCUAAAUGAUAGCUACGAUGAUGUCUCCUAUGAUGAAUAUGAUGAUGGCUCUUCAAUUAAUAACAAUAACACCACCACCAACAACAAUUGCAGUUCAGAACUGCAAACACCUGAAAGUGUUGACAAUGAUCAUCAGGUAGAAGAAUUCAAUAGGAAUAUUGGUCAAACGAUGUUGUUGCCUGUUUCCCAUCGUAUUAAUUUAGAUAAUUGUAAUGCCAAUAGCAACAACAGCAACAAUAACAAUUCCAGCACUCAAUGGCAAUAUCCAUCAACCGUAAAUGCACAGCCACCCAGCUUAUUAUCCCCCAAUGCUAAUACAGUCAUGCAUCCGACUAUGAAUCCCCAUAGCAUCACUGCCAAUAUUGUCCCCAUCACAACCAACAAUCCGGCUGCCACAUCCACGUCCAUGAAUAGCAAUAAUAUAGUUAUUACAACACAACCCUUAUCAUCAUUUACGGGCACCACAAAUUCCAAUAAUACAGCCACAAUUCCGGCCAAUGCCACAGCAGACACACAACAGCAUCAACAUCACCAUCAGCAUAAUAAUUCCCCCAUGCAGGACUUGCAGAAAAUUGAAAAUUUAAAUACAAUGCAUUUAGUUCCACCCCUGGUAGUGGCGGUAAAAUGGCAACCAGUGCUGGAGUGA